AUGUUUAAAAAGUGUAAGUAUUUGUUUAUUUGUGGUGCAAUAGCAUCAGGAAUAGGGAAAGGAACAAUAAAUAGUAGUAUUGGUAUGUUGUUGAAAGAAUAUGGUUACAAGGUGUCAUUUUUGAAAAUUGAUCCAUAUUUAGUAUGAUUUAUUAAAUAAGGUAGAAUAUUGAUGCAGGAACAAUGAAUCCUUAUGAACAUGGAGAGGUGUUUGUAACAGGUGAUGGGUAAGCAUUAAAAUAAUGAUAUUAGGGGUGAAGUUGAUUUAGAUAUUGGAAAUUAUGAAAGAUUUUUAGAUAUUGAAUUAUCAUUUUAUCAUAGUUUAACAAGUGGGAAGUUAUAUUAGAAAAUAUUACAGUACUAAGUAUCAUUAAUAAAAAUAGAAAAGAAAGAGAAGGUCACUAUUUAGGGAAAACUGUUUAAGUAAUUCCUCAUGUGGUAGAUGAAAUAAAAAAUUGGAUUAAAAACCUAACGACAGUACCAUUAAAAUCGGAUACAAAUGAAAGGCCAGAUAUUUUAUUGAUAGAGGUAGGAGGAACAGUUGGUGACUUAGAAUCUACAUGCUAUUACGAGGCAGUUCGAUAAAUGAUAAAUGAAGAGGGUAAAGAAAAUGUUGGUUUGGUAAUCAUUUUUUCAAUAUAUUUUAGAUUAUGCUUACAUAUAUUUUAACAUUAAAUAAUGAACAAAAAACAAAACCAGCUCAAAAUGGUAUUAAGGAUUUGAGAUACACAGGAUUGUUAGCUGAUUUUAUCAUAUGUAGAUCUGAAAAUGAAUUAUAAAAUCCAUAGAGAGACAAACUUGCUAUGUUUGGAAAUAUUUCUAAAGAUUCUAUAUUUUCUGUUCCUAAUUCCUAACAUAUAUAUGAUGUUCCUGAAGUUUUACAAAAAUAAAAGUUGGCUGAACGUAUUUUAGAAAAGUUUAAGUUACCAAUUUAAUAAGUUCCAAAUAUUUAAUAAUAUACCUAAUUUGGACAGUACUUGAAUGAUCUCUAGACUUCUAAACCUGUUACAAUUGGAAUCAUGGGAAAAUAUAUGAAAAAUCUGGUUGUUUAUUGUUAUCUAUAUAGGAUGCAUAUAUGUCUUUAAUAAAAGCAUUAAAGGAAGCUAGUUAUGCUAUUAAAGUCAAUUUAUAAUUAAAAUAUAUUGAUCUUAUAGAUUUUUCAAGUAAACAAAAUGCUGAAGAAGAACUUGAAAAGGAAUGCAAAUAAUUUGAUGCUAUUCUUGUUCCUGGUGGAUUUGGAUAUAAUGGUUUCAACCUUAAAAUCAAGUGCUGCUAAUAUGCUCGAGAAAAUAAAAUACCAUUUCUAGGCAUCUGUUAUGGCUUCUAAGCAGCUGUCGUUGAAUAUGCCAGAAAUGUCUUAGGAGUAAAAGAUGCUACAACUGAAGAAUUAAAAGAUGAAUUAAUUGGAUCCAAUUUUGUUGUGUUUAUGCCUGAAAUCAAUCCAAAAUUAUUUGGAGGUAAUAUGAGAUUAGGAAAUCAUUAAACAAUAAUUGAGUAAGAUAUAUAAAUUAUUUUUAGAAAUAAAGAUAGUAUUGCAUAUCAAAUAUACGACUCUGAAGUUGUAGAAGAAAGACAUAGACAUCGGUAUGAAGUCAAUCCUUAAAAGAUUCAAAAUCUAACUGAAAACGGUCUUGUAUUCUCAGGAAAAGAUAGAAAAACUGGGUAACGAAUGGAAGUAUUUAUUUAACAUUAUUUCAAGAUUUUAGAAUUACCAAAUCAUUUACAUCCUUUCUUUGUAGGAGUACAAUAUCAUCCAGAAUUCACUUCCAAAAAUUUCAAACCUAAUCCUCUAUUUGUUAGCUUUGUAUCUGCUGCUGCAAAUGGAGAAUUUCGAAAAUCUAAAAUAGAUGUUAAUUAUAAUAAUAAGAAAAAUUGAG